CAUCCCAGAAAGAUGACUCUCUCCAGCCUGUGCUAUCCAGAAUGCGGGGUGGCCCGACCAAGUCCAGUUACUGGCACCUGCAACGAGCCAUGCGUUAGGCAGUGCCCUGACUCUGAAGUGGUGAUCAGACCCUCACCGGUUGUUGUGACCCUCCCUGGACCAAUUCUCAGCACUUUCCCUCAGCACAGUGGAGUCGGAGCUGUUGGAGCACCUCUGGUCGGAGCUGGUUUGGGGGGCUCAUUCAUUAAUGGGGGAUUGUAUGGCAAUGGAGGCCUUUACGGAGGAUUGUACGGUUUAGGUGGAUAUGGUGGUUACGGAGGAUUGUACGGUUUAGGUGGAUAUGGUGGUUACGGCAGCCGUUCUGGUUAUGGGGGAUUAUGUGGCUAUGGGGGAUUAGGCGGUUACCUGGGUGGUUAUGGUUAUGGGGGAUUAUGGGGUUCCGGGGUAUCUUGCCAUAGGUACCUCCGUGGAAACUGUGGGCCAUGCUAA